AUGCGUGCUGGCAACAUCUUUGUGGCGGAUCUCGUGGAAGCCAAUCUGCUGCACAAGGUUAACAAGAUUCGUGUUUCCAUCUACGGCAGUUUAGCUCUUACAGGCGAGGGCCACAUGACGCCGUCAGCCUUACUUCUGGGUCUGGAGGGUGCCGACGUCGAGACCGUCGACACCUCAUACGUUCCCAAGCGCUUUGAUGAAAUUAAAAGCGGAAAGAGGCUUUUCCUCGGCCGUGGGCUUCCAGGUGGCAAGGGCAAAGAGGUUGCCUUUGAUUAUGAGCAGGAUUUUGUCUGGGAAUGGGGGAGAAAGUUGCCCCUACACAGCAAUGGUAUGCGCCUUACCGUCUUUGACGAGGAGGGCGACAUGUUGGCAAUGAACGAUUUGUUUAGUGUUGGCGGCGGCUUUGUCGUCAACGGCGCACUUUCUAUUAACCAAGCUCCCAGUCCAGAUACGCAGGCUCCAUUGGACAGCUCCUCAGAAAACGCGCAAGAUUUGGUUACCCGGGAUUCAGGACAGCAUCCCGCUGAUUUAUCAGAGAACAUGUAUUACAAGGAGAUUCGUCGAGCUGAUGCAGCGGGAGACCGGAAAACAGGAGCGGAGAUCAAAGCCCUGGACGAUGCCGCUGGAACGUCAACUAACCUGCCUGAGAUUGUGUCAGAGUCUAGUUCAACCGGCCUGUCGUCCACCGCGGACAGUACAAGUGGUGUUACCGCUGAUUCUGAGGACAGCACCACGUCAAAUCAACCCCGCUACCCCUUUCGCAAUGCUGCUAGCUUGUUACAUUUAUGCCACAAACACAACCUGACCAUUGCGCAACUUGUCUUUGAGAAUGAAAAGAGCCACGGGUACUCAGACGAAGAGAUAUACCAAAAGGUCUUUCGGAUUUGGCGAGUCAUGGACGAAAGCAUCCUGGAGGGUGUCCAGGCACCGCAAGACUCCACUCUGCCAGGCUCGUUGAAGCUGCAUCGACGAGCUCCAGCAUUGUAUCAGCGGCUUACGAGGGGACUCUAUCCCUCUACCACUCAAGGUGUCGCACGUCAGGAACACUCUCCCCCAAGGACGAGGAACAAAUCAUUGCCCGAAUCGACACCCACGGCAGUGAGUCGGAUACCGACUGGUGUGGGAAGACGACAACCGCUCCGCGUUCAUGGGUCCCUGGAACAUCCCGUUCCACCAUCACCCCUGCGGCGCACCACGUUCCCGGCCAUGGAUUACUUGACUGUGUACGCCAUUGCCGUCAACGAGACUAACGCUGCUGGUGGACGGAUUGUGACAGCUCCUACGAACGGCGCCGCCGGCAUUAUCCCCGCUGUGCUGAAGUACACGAUCGAAUUCGUUAGCGACGAUGCAGAACGUGACGUGAUGACGUUUUUGCUAACGGCCGCUGCCAUCGGCAUGUUGUACAAGCGUGGCGCUACCAUCUCCGCAGCCGAGGGUGGGUGCAUGGCAGAAGUAGGUGUUGCUUGCUCCAUGGCUGCUGGCGCCUUUGCGGCGUGCAUGGGGGCCAGUCCGGAGGCGAUCGAACAAGCUGCCGAGAUUGGUAUCGAGCACAACUUGGGCCUCACGUGUGACCCUAUUGGCGGUCUGGUCCAAGCACCAUGCAUAGAGCGGAACGCUCUGGGUGCCAUCAAGGCCAUCUCGAGUGCCAACCUGGCGCUCAGCAGUGAAACAGGCACGCAAAAAGUGAGACUCGACGAUGCUAUCCGGGCAAUGCGCCUGACUGCCAAGGGAAUGAGGAAUGAAUUCAAGGAGACGAGUUUGAGUGGACUGGCAACGAGCGUGCCGCUUCAUAUUCCAGUCAGUGUCCCUGACUGUUGA